AUGGAGACGCGCUUUCAGUACGACCUGCACGACAAGCAGCUACGCUUCCAUGUGCGACAGCGGGCCAUUACGGAGAACAAGCUGGAGAUGAAGGCGACCGGGCUGCUGGAUCCGGGCAACUGCAACGCUAGCUACCGGGCUGCCCUGAAGCAGUACGUGUCAACCUCCGGCGGGGAGUUCAAGGACUCUGGCAGCAAGCCGCUGAGGCUGGGGGCUGGUGUGGCGGUGGUGUCGCAGUUGGGAGGCGUGACCGCGAAGCCAGCAGCAACCCGCGGAUCAGCUGCUGCCGCAGCGGCUAAGGGGGGCGCUCCUGCCUACAUCCCCCUGCUCACUGUAUCGGCGGAUAAGAAGUUGGCUCUCCUGGAGGGUCCCGACACGGUGCUCACACUGCGGGCGGUUGCGGACUUUGACUUGACGGCCCGGCAGCUGUCGCUGUUCCUGCAAGCCCGAGAGAACAACUGGGCGGCCACGCUGCGGGAGGGCCGAGUCACCCUCACGUACGACCUAUGA